AUUGCAAAUUUUCUUCGAAUUUGUUUAUCAAUAAUAAUUUUACAAAAUAAUUGAAUUUCGAAAAUAAAUUCAUUAUAAUUUUGUAUUUUUAAGUAAUGCUGUAAUAGUUAUCAUAUUUAUUAAUUAACGUUGUGUUAUUCAUGUACUGAAGAUGCCCAAAUCCAAAUUCACGAACCAUAAAGGACGGAAUCGUCGUUUCACGAACCCCGAUGAAUUAGAAAGAGAACGAUUAAAAGAAGAAAAAGAGAAAUCUUGGCGGGCAAAAAAUCGUGAUCUACCUCCCAGCGAGAGCGAAGAAAGCGAUGAAGAAGAAAACGAAGAAGGAUCCGGUGACGAAAGUGAUAGCUCAGAUUCCGAAGAUGGUGGCAAAGCUAAGGGUGUCGAAGGUUUGAUAUCUAUCGAGAACCCGAACCGUAUACAGAAAAAGGCCAAAAAAGUAACCGCUAUUACGGAAAACGAUAAUCCUCAGUUAUCUCGUCGGGAACGAGAAGAAUUAGAAAGACAACGAGCAGCUCAACAUUAUCAGAAGCUCCAUGCCGAAGGUAAAACCGAAGAAGCACGUUCCGAUCUGGCUAGAUUAGCUAUUAUUAAACAACAGAGAGAGGAAGCGGCCAGGAAACGAGAUAUGGAGAAAAAAGAAAAAGAAGUAGCCAAACAAUCUAAAACUGUCCAAGUCCAGAAAGCUAUUGGAAAGCAAUAAACAAUUUUUUUGUACUUUCCAUUUUUACUAUCGGCUGAUUAAUUUACCAUUAAUUUAUGUAUUAUUUCUUAUAAUUUGUUGAAUUUCCUAAUGAUCUUUUUUUAGAGAAAAUUAUCCUUAUGAUGCUGUUUGAUUUACAGUCUAAUUUCCCCCUCAAAUAUGAUUAUUUAUUUUCUCCCUCAUUCUAAGCAAUUCUGUCAUAGGUAAAAAUAUUUUUAGAAAGAAAUUUAGUUUCCGGUUUUCUAGGAUUUAUUUAUUGUCAGCGCAGGUACCUUAAAAGUAGAUGAAAUUGUCACUUUAUUGCGUGCGAAGUAUUAUUUACCUAUUUUAAGAUGUUCUGUUUCACUUUGAAUUCGGUUUCAAUAUUUUUUAUUCUUUUUACGAUGUGAAAAUAAUUUCAUUUUUUUUUUUUUUUCGUUAUCUUUACGGAUCAUUUUUACGCAUUAUAAUAAAACUGUAAAAACGAA